AUGUUACACCUAGCCGCAACAUUGGCCAUGCCGGACGCCGCUGAUCUGCCGCCUGAAGUAGCGGCAGUUUCCGCCGAGCCGAACACGACGAACGAUUCGAAGGACAGUGGUGACGAAGACGAGGAGAAGAAUCUAAAUGCAGGCGAGAUUUUUUGGAGCAACCUGCAACCAGUGGACGUCGAUCGCACAGGAACCUUCCUGUUAAACGAUAAGGUAAGUCGAUGCCCAUUCGCUUAUCGACUCGGAAUGACGCUUCAGCGGCGUCAUGCACGUUCAUAAGG